AUGUCGACAGAUAUCUACUUAAUUGCUUUCGCACUUCUUCUCGCUCUCGCUGGUCUGAAAAGAUGGCGCAGCAACAGAUUGCCUCUACCUCCCGGGCCAAGGGGCUAUCCGAUAAUCGGCAAUCUGCUCGAUAUGCCCUCCGAACACCAGUGGGUAAAGUAUCAUGAAUGGUCGAAGAAGUAUAAUUCAGAUAUCAUUUAUCUGAAUGUUUUGGGGAGCCCAAUUGUCGUGCUCAACUCAUACAAAGCGGCGAAUGACCUCCUCGGCGUGCGUUCUACGCUGUACUCCGACAGACCCCUGAGCACCAUGUUGAACGAGCUGCUAGGUUGGAAAACGCUGUUGAGUUUCCUACCAUACGGACAUGCAUGGCGUGCGCGCCGUCGCGCAUUUUGGCAAGAAUUCAAUUCAGAACGCUCAACAAAUCAUCGCCCUAAGCAGCUGUGGUACUCCCGUGAUCUCCUUCGGCGACUGCUAGAGGACCCGAAGCGCUUUCUUCAUCAUAUCGACUAUACUCUCUCAGCGACCAUCAUCGCAAUCGCAUACGGUGUAGACGUCCAGCGUGAGGACGAUCCCAAUGUCGAGCGCGCUGGGAAAGCCCUCGUAAACUUGAAGGACGCUGCAAUCUCCGGGAGCUUCAUGGUUGAUAUACUUCCGUUCCUCAAGUAUAUCCCCACAUGGAUGCCGGGGGCUGGGUUCAAGGCGUACGCAGAGAGGGCGCGACCCCAUACCAUGGAUAUGAGAGAAGUUCCAUACGAACAGGGUUGUAGUCGCUUGCGCGAAGGGACAGGCGAGCCGAGCAUCCUAUCUCGCAGUCUGGGCGGACACAGCAUCGACAGCCAUCCAGACGAAGAGUUGAUCAAGGACGUGACAUGGGUUGCGUAUACAGGGGGCGCAGAGACAUCGCCUCUAGUGAUCUACACGUUCGUGGCGGCAAUGCUCCUCUAUCCAGACGUGCAGAAGAAGGGCCAAGAGGAGCUCGAUGCCUAUCUUGGUGCACGACUCCCCGCGUUUGAGGAUAUACCACACCUACCGUAUGUCCGUGCCAUCAUGCAGGAGGUAUUGAGGUAUGUCGUGUGCGCACCCCACCGACUCACGAUGGACGACGAGUAUAAGGGGUAUAUUAUACCCAAAGGGUCCACGAUCUUCGUCAACGUCUGGGCCCUCUUGAGAGACGAGGAAGUCUACUCCGAUCCCGAAACAUUCAACCCAGAACGCUUCCUGAAGGACGGCGAAAUCGAUCCGAAGACUCUCGACCCCAUCCCCAACUUCGGAUUUGGGCGAAGGAUAUGUCCCGGCCGGUUCUUCGCUUUGGACUCCCUUGCGAUCUCCGUCGCGUCGAUCCUCUCCUGCUUUGAUAUCACUAAAGCGAAGGACGCACGCGGCCGGGAUAUCGAGCAGGAUAUUCAGUGGGAAGGCGGAUUCACGAGGCACAUCAUCCCCUUCGAAUGUGCCAUUACGCCUCGCUCUGCUAAGGCUGCGAAACUAGUUCGUGACUCGGAGCUCAUGUAA